AUGGCCUCGACCUGCUUCCGCGCCGCCGCCCGCGCCGCCACCGCGGCAUGCCGCUCGGCGGCCUCCCGCUCCAUGCCCUCCGUCGGCCGCUCCGCCGCCCGCCGCGCCCCGCUAAUCUCCAGGGUGCCGCUGGAGCUGGGGUGCUGCGCGGGAAUGUCGCUGCUGCCGCUGCACAGCGCGGUGGCCGCGGCGAGGCUGACUUCGCGGCUGAGCACGGCGUCCCGGAGCUCCUCCGCUCUCUCUCAGGGUAUCCUCUGUCGCACCUAUCCCGGACUUUAA